GAAUAAUCCUGUUGUCAUUCGUGGUGGUUAUUAAUGUAUAGGUUAUGUAUUUACUAAGUCAGAAUCAUUUUAGGUAGUCGUUCUUUUGCCGGUAGACAGCCGGUUUACAAUUUCUUGUUUAUUUAUCAGCUAAAUUUCAGUUCAGAUGGAAAUUGCAGUGCACUUAACAAUUGUAUAAUGGCCUUUUAUUUUUAUAUAAGAAUACAAACUUGUAAAGUUAUUAGUCAUUCCUUAGUCAUAAUGAAAUUACUGAUAGACAGAUAAUUUUAGUGAUACUAAAAUGGCAGAAAGUCCAAAAUUAAUGAGUAUUGAUGAUAUUAAGAAGGAUUAUCCCAUUCAUCUCCUGGUUUGGAACAAUGUGUAUGAUGAGUUGAAACUGUUUUUAGCUGGAGAUGAUAUUGGUGCUGAAAUUGAAAAAAAAGAUGUAAGGGGACGCUCUCCUCUUAUGUUGGCAGUCACCCUUGGACAUCUUGAAGCUGCUAAAUUACUCAUGGAAAAAGGGGCAAAUGUUAACACUGUCAAUUGUGAAGGAUGGAAUGUGGUUCAGGAAGCUGUGGCUACUGGUGAUCCAGAACUGGUUCAAGCAGUUCUUGAGUGGCGUGACUACCAACGGUACACCUCUCGAGUUGGAGGGGUCCCAGAACUCUUGCUUAAGCUGAAAGAGGCUCCUGAUUUUUAUGUGGAAAUGAAGUGGGAGUUCACUAGCUGGGUUCCAUUGGUGUCAAAUAUGUGCCCAAGUGAUACUUAUAAAGUCUAUAAGCAAGGUUCAAAAGUUCGUAUUGAUACUACCUUACUUGGUUUUGAUCAACACAAGUGGCAGCGGGGGAACACUAGCUUUAUUUUCCAAGGCACGAAUGAUGAAGCUACUAUUAUGGAAAUUGAUCAUGAAAAUAAACAAGUUUUCUUCGAGGAAAUGAGGGUUAUUACAACAGCUGAUCUUCAAAUCCUUCAGCCAAAUGCAGAGUCUGUCAGUGCCAGGCUGACCACACCAAUUGUAACAACAUAUGUUGACACUGAUAAGAUAUGCUUUGAAAGGAAUAAGAGUGGGCUUUGGGGGUGGAGACAAGACAAAAUGGAGGUAAUAAAUGGACGUGACUGUAAAGUCUUUGGUGCAAGUAAUGUAGAGCUGGUGACCAAAACACGGUGUGAACAUUUAUCUGAUCAAGACAAAGCCAAAUAUAAGGGAAGCAAGACACCUCUUCAGUUUCUUCUCGGUAUAGAUGAAGAGAGGACAGGAGGUCAUGUGGAAUAUACCCAUUCAGGAAACCCAUGCCAGAUCACCCCAGAGGAAUAUUUCAGCCCUGGUGUUUCCCUUGGUACAAGAGAUAUAGGGAGACCAAAAGAAAUAACUACAAAAAUUCAAAAGUUCAAGGCUACCCUGUGGUUGAGCGAGGACUAUCCCCUAAGCUUGCCUGAGCAGAUCAUACCGAUCAUCGAUCUCAUGGCCAUCUCUAACUCUCACUUUGCGAAGCUCAAGCAUUUUAUAGAGAUGCAGCUACCUGCAGGUUUUCCAGUCAAGAUUGAGAUACCAUUGUUUCAUGUUCUGAAUGCAAGAAUUACAUUUGGUAACAUAUUCGCACUUGAUUCACCAGUAGAAGGAGUGUCAACUAUUGAUGACGGGAACAAACUAUCAUGCGUUGUAGAUGACAGUUGCUUUCAGCCACCACCUUCUUAUACUUUUAUGGGUGCUGACUCUCGCCGACAGGUAAACAACCUGGAGGAGGAUGAUGAUAUGCUACAGUAUGCUAUCCAGCAGAGUUUGUUACAGUCGGGUCAUGAUGAUGAUCAGGUUGAUAUAUGGGAAGCUCUUCAAGCCCAGAGGCCUAGCACACCUUUUUUAGGAGACGAUGAGGAAGAAAAGCAGCUUCAAAGAGCGAUAGAGGCCUCCCUUUCCACAACGAGUAGCAUCAGUGGCAGUGGUCUAGUUGAACCGGAUGGCAACUCUCUCGAGGAAAAUAUUCUGCCAGCUUCCAACACUUCGGCUGCUGACGAGGAUCUGCGACGUAUACUGGAACUUUCCGAGCAGGAGGAAAAGCAGAGACUAGAGACACUUGAGGCUGAACGACGGCAAGAGGAAGAGAUGCUUGAGCAAGUACUGAAAUUAUCAUUGAUGGAUAAGUGAUUUAUUCAUGGUUAAGCUGGAUGGUCAGUUACCAGAUAGUUGUGCUUAAACAGAGUCAAUUAAAUACAUAAAGUUCUUGCUUUUAUGCAUAACUUGCUUUCAUGUUUACACUCAGAGAACACAACGUGCCUGUUGUAUUCAUGUAUUGUUAGAUUUAAACAAUUAUAUUACCUCUAUUGUAGGGUGAUAGGUAAUGCAAAUGUUUUGAAUAUACCUAAAGAACUUAAGAAAUUUAGUUUUACAUCUGAAUCUAAAUAUUUGCGAAGUAAUAUUAACUAUUGAAGUGAUAUAAUGUAUGCUAUUUGGUUUCCUUUCUCACAAUACAUCUAUGCACCAUUCUUAUUCUUAAUACCCCAUUUAUUACCUAUUGAGUUUAUGUUUUGAAAAAUAUUGAUUUUAUGUUUUUACAUAACUAUUUAAAAUAUAGAUAAUAAAGGCUUAGCAAUUUUUAUUUUUGAAUAAAAUAGUUAUAUUAAUUAAGAAAUUCAUAAAUAAAGUUUUAAUUUAAUAUUCUUACAAAUA